GUGGCAUUUUUCGUUGGCGAUAUCGGAAAGUGGGUGUUGCUUCCGUCACCUAUCCGUCGGCUCGCGUUGAGCGGCGAGAGUACUGUGUCACGACUAACGAAAAAGCGGAAUCGCCAACGAAGGAGAAAAACUCCUAGUGGAUCACUUUCGAGAGAGCCAUGCAUUGAUUUUGACUGAAAAAGUUAGACAUUGCCCUCUGUCAAGAUGAUAGGGGGUUUAUUUGUUUAUAAUCAUAAGGGAGAGGUGCUCAUUUCCCGAGUGUAUCGAGAUGAUAUUGGCCGUAAUGCAGUAGAUGCGUUUCGAGUUAAUGUCAUUCAUGCACGACAGCAAGUGCGCUCGCCUGUAACCAACAUUGCCAGAACAUCAUUUUUCCAUAUAAAACGCGCUAACAUUUGGUUAGCUGCUGUAACCAAACAAAAUGUCAAUGCAGCUAUGGUAUUUGAAUUACUAUUAAAAAUCAUAGAUGUUAUGCAAUCCUAUUUCGGCAAGAUUUCAGAAGAAAACAUCAAGAACAAUUUCGUGCUUAUCUACGAGCUGCUCGAUGAAAUACUUGACUUUGGAUAUCCACAGAACUGUGAUACAGGAGUACUGAAGACAUUUAUCACUCAACAAGGCGUGAAAUCAGCCACCAAGGAGGAACAAGCUCAGAUAACAUCGCAAGUCACAGGUCAGAUUGGAUGGAGACGAGAGGGUAUCAAAUAUAGGCGCAAUGAACUCUUUUUAGAUGUACUUGAAUAUGUAAAUCUAUUGAUGAGCCCUCAAGGUCAGGUUCUUAGUGCACAUGUUGCUGGAAAGGUGGUAAUGAAAUCUUACUUGUCUGGUAUGCCGGAAUGCAAAUUUGGGAUUAACGACAAGAUCGUUAUGGAAGCGAAAGGUAUGAAAGGGGGUGGCGGAUUGGGAGGUGGAGGCGAUGAUCCUACUGGCGCUAGAUCCGGCAAGCCGGUUGUCGUUAUUGAUGAUUGCCAAUUCCAUCAGUGCGUUAAACUUAGUAAAUUUGAGACCGAACAUUCCAUUAGUUUUAUACCGCCGGAUGGUGAAUUCGAGCUGAUGAGAUACCGUACCACAAAGGAUAUAUCAUUGCCUUUCCGCGUAAUACCGUUAGUGCGUGAAGUAGGCCGAACGAAAAUGGAAGUCAAGGCGGUUUUGAAAUCAAACUUUAAGCCAUCAUUGCUGGGGCAGAAAAUAGAGGUGCGUGUGCCGACGCCAUUAAAUACUGCCGGCGUGCAGCUGAUAUGUUUGAAGGGUAAGGCGAAAUACAAAGCAUCGGAGAACGCAAUUGUAUGGAAGAUCAAGCGCAUGGCCGGCAUGAAGGAGACACAACUGUCCGCCGAAAUCGAUCUGUUAGAGACGGACACGAAAAAGAAGUGGACGAGGCCGCCGAUAUCGAUGAACUUCGAGGUGCCGUUCGCGCCGUCCGGUUUCAAAGUGCGCUAUUUGAAAGUUUUCGAGUCCAAACUAAAUUACUCCGAUCACGAUGUGAUUAAAUGGGUCCGUUAUAUAGGACGCAGCGGCUUGUAUGAGACGCGGUGUUAAUGAUCCCGAAUCUCGGUGUCGAGACGUAAAUAAUUGUAAAGAAUUAAUCUCAAUAUGAAAAUCACGACUAUAAAUGUCGAUAUUGGACUCGAUAUAAGUUUCAUUGUAGCGCAUAUCCUUGAAGCAACGAUCUGAAAUUAUUCGGAUAAUUCCGAAUCAUGCACGAUAUAUAGUUACAGAAGUAUGGACAAUGUAUCGGAGAAAAAUUCCGUUGUCAGCACAAAAUUUAUGUAUAAUUGCAAGAAUUUUUUUUUUGUUACAUAGUAUACUGUAAAAGUGAUAUUCGUUUAAAUUGGUCUUAUUUGACGAUGUUACUAUGUGUGUUAGAAAAAGGUUUGCAAAGGUAGAAAUAAAAAUGUAACUUAUGGAAGAAACUUAUAGAAGAAUUAUCAAGCGAUAAUUAUCGUAAUAAUUAAUAUUGGACAGAUUAUUUCUUUCGUGCCAAUUUUUCAUGUCGUCCAUAUUUUUAAUAUUGAUUUUUAAUAACGACAAUAUCAUGCCGUAUAAAUUGGAUUGUAUAAAGUAUAUUGAGAUUUUAUGAAUUUUUUUAAAUCGAAAGUUUAUUGCUGAAAAUUAUAAUAAGUACAAUCAUGAAUUUCUUAUAUACUUUUACUUGAAUCAUCGGAUGAGAUUUUUUUUUUUUGUUCCAUUUUAAUGCCGACGAAAUCAUUAAAAGUUGUUAGUAUUAUAUGAUUCCGAAGCUAAUUAAUAAUAAAUACUCUAAAUUUAUUUUUCGAAUUAAUUUAAUCACAAAUGUAUUUGUAGGAUUGUUAUUGUGUAAUGAAUAUUUUUUUUGCACCGCAUCAUGAAUUUCUGUAUUAUAUAUAAUGUAUUGCUAUAUAUACGCGAAUUUUAAUUACUCGGUUUUUGCGGGUUUGAUGAUAUAUGGAGUUACGGCCUCUUUGGUAUCCAAGUUUGAGCGAAACUGAACAAAUCUGUGGGUCAUCCGAUGCGCUCAAUGAAAUGUAGAAUGCUAUUAAUCUGUUAUCCAUGUAUGAGAAUAAAAGUAGAAAAAAGCAUUGAUCGAUUGUACGAGCGUGAUUGAUUUUGUCUCUCUAAAAGAACGCUCAUAUGCGUAAUAAAACAUAUGUGUAAUAUAAA